AUGGACGAUGGCCAAAGUAAGUAUGCGGACUUCGCAGUCGACAGACCAUCCAAUCGCACGCGAUCCGGUAGCGCAAGCAGCGGCCACAAACGAAGCCUCUCCGGCUCUUUACUUUCGCGACUCUCCUUCCUCCGCCUGAGCCAAGCUACACAAUCCGAGGCCAUGGAGCAGGACGGGGACAGCGAGGACAUCGGGUCCAACCGACUACAGGCCCCCAGCAAUGCCCCAGCACUCGGCUUGAAUCCCGUGAGAAACGAUCAGCGAGCAAAUCAACCCGACGCCGUCCCUCAAUUCCAAGAUGACGCGCCACGCUCUCCAAAAGACCAAACAUCAUUCUCAGACGACUUCACGGCCCCUGGCAGCUUCACAGACGAGGCCGAAGAUAUCCCAACUCAGACACAACCCAGCUGGUUCCGCGCAAGUACAGCGCAAAAGAUCUUCCGCCCGUCGCUUACGCGCCGGCGACAAGGCCUCACGCAACAAAACCUCCUCAGCGAAGAGACAGGCACCGACGACGAAGAACCCGUCUCCUUCUCACGCAUCAACACCACACCUGGCACCAAUUCCGCGAUCAAUGCAUCCACCACAGCCCUACAUAUCUCGACCCCCUCCUCCGGCUCGGACUCCUACUACCCCAUGACAUCUGAUGCAGCCUACAGAUCCGUCCACCACAAAUCAUCCCCACUCGCUUCACACCACGUCGAAAUGAAAAAUAAUGUAGAGAUAACAUGGGACUAUUCCGAGACCGAAUGGUGGGGAUGGAUCAUCUUAAUGGUCACCUGGCUGGUCUUCGUCGUCGGUAUCGGCAGCUGCUUCGAGGUUUGGAGCUGGGCCUGGGAUGUCGGUGAGACGCCAUAUGCGCCACCGGAACUUGAGGAUGAUCCUACACUUCCUAUUGUGGGUUAUUAUCCGGCGCUGAUCAUUCUCACGGCUGUUAUGGCGUGGGUUUGGGUUGUUGUUGCUUGGGUCGGGAUGAAAUACUUCAAACAUGCUAAUAUAUCGGGUGAUGAUAGUUGA